AUGAUUCAUGGGAAGGAAGUAUUUGAGGGAGUGGAGUGGAGGAUAAGGGUGGCUGAUGGCUCGUCGGAGGUUUUGGUUCAAGAAACAGGGCUUGCCAGAAAGGCUUGGCUAAGAAUAAAAGGCCUGAUUUCAGGCUUGGCUUUCAAAGUGUGGAUGUUUUUGAAGAGAGCAUGGGACAUGGGGGUUAAUGAUCCUAAAAAAUUGAUCCAUUGCAUUAAGGUAGGACUGGCACUCGCAAUUGUAUCACUGUUCUACUUUAUGAGGCCUUUGUAUGAUGGUGUCGGAGGGAAUGCUAUGUGGGCUGUUAUGACAGUUGUAGUAGUAUUUGAGCAAACUGUUGGCGCAACCCUCUACAAAUGUUUGAACAGAGUUUGUGGAACUUGUCUAGCCGGAUUUCUUGCUGUUGGGCUCCACUGGGUUGCCAAUCGAUCAGGAGAGAGUUUUGAGCCCUUUGUUGUGGGAGCCUCAGUUUUCCUACUAGCUUCCGUAGCAACCUUCUCUAGACUCAUUCCGUCAGCAAAAUCCCUGUUUGAUUACGGUGCCAUGAUCUUUAUCCUCACCUUCAGCUUCGUUGCAGUAUCAGGCUAUAGGGUGGAUAAACUGUUUGACAAGGCCCAUCAAAGAAUAUCCACCAUUAUCAUUGGAACUUCGUUGUGCAUUAUUGUAAUCAUGAUUGUCUGCCCCAUUUGGUCUGGUCAGGAACUACAUAGCCUGAUUGUUCGUAACAUGGACAAACUUGCCGAUUCCCUGGAUGGUUGUGUAACACAGUAUUUUAAUCACCGUGGGGAGUGCACCAACAGCAACGAAGAAGCUGAUAAAAAAUUGCAAGGUUACAAGUGCGUUCUAAGCUCCAAGGCAUCAGAAGAAUCUAUGGCAAAUUUUGCUAGGUGGGAGCCUUCCCAUGGCCGGUUCAACUUCCGGCACCCAUGGAAACAAUACCUGAAAAUUGGGGCAUCAAUGCGCAGUUGUGCUUACCGCAUAGAGGCUCUCAGCAGUUGCAUCAAUUCAGAAAAGCAGGCAGCUGAGUUCAUAAAGAAGCAUCUCAGCAUUAGUUGCUUGAAAGUGAGCUCUAGCUCUUCAAGCACCAUAAGAGAGCUAGCAGAAACUGUCAAGACAAUGAAGAAGUCAUCCACUAUAGAUUUGUUGGUUGGAGAAAUGAACACUGCAGUGCAGGAACUCCAGAAUGACUUAAAAUCCCUUUCUUAUCUGCUGAAUCCAUCAACAAUUCCAGAAAACAAAAAAAUGAAGACAUCCAUGGAAGCAACAGCCACGGUCCCUCUCAUGGAAAUCAUACCAGUGGUGACUUUGGCUUCUAUACUAAUUGAAAUAGCUGUGCGGAUUGAAGCCCUUGUUGGUGCUGUAAAAGAACUAGCCAAGUUAGCAGACUUCGCAACCCAUGAUGACAAGUCCAAGCAAACCAAAACGAAAGAUAAAUUUGUACCAGAUGAAAAGCAAUCUGAGGGAACCAUGAAGGCUUUUCAAAGGGUCUGA